AUGACUACCGUGGCGGCUUACGAUGAAUUGCGCGAAAAAGCGAAGGCGUUCAAGCCAAAAGAUCCUCUGAAACCCACCAGGUAUUGGGUCGCCGUCUUGCUCGAGGGUAUCGAGCCUGCCCAGGUUUCUGAGCAGUCGAGUUUCCUAUGGAUCAAGGCCAAUGGCAAGACCAAACUCGACGCCAUCCACAAUGAGUAUCACAAAAGACACAAUGACGCGGGGCCUGGCGACUUCCACCUGCAGCUGGGACCCACAGUGCUGGACAACACAGACAAGAUGGCCGAGUUGAACAAAUACGAGGACAACUUAGUCGUCUUGUUACCGGUACGCACAACGUCUUCCGCUGCUUCACCCACGCAUAAUGGGAUCGCGACGGCUUCGGCCGAUUCGUCAGUUGGUCCAGUCGGGAACGAGUCGGUGCAAGCAAGGACUCCAGCUGUUCCACCUGCUUGUAUACCCUCACCCACUGUAGCCCAAACACCCGAUCGCUUGGUCAACCCUGGACCGGUGCAACACAGCACACCCGUUACUGCAAUGGGUUUGGCAAGCGGAUCCCAAAGACCAGCAAUAUCGGCACCACCGUCGGCAUGCUUCAUAUACACGCCGCCGGUUGCUGCAAGCGCUUCAACUACCACUGCGCCGGCUCAACCUCCGCAGGGCGUAUCGCAACCCUACAAUCAUGCCUGGUCUUCGCAACCGCAAGCACACUUCAUGUCAUCGCCUCUCGGGUCUCCACGCCCUGGUGGAUCAUGGUCUCCUUCGCCGUUUCUCCAGCACCAGCACCAGCAGCACCAGCAUCAUCAUCAUCAUCAUCAUCAUCGUCAACCAAGCUUGCCCUCACCAUAUGCCAAUAACACCCCAAGUAUCGCGAAUGCUUCCCCUACCGCUCAAGGCUACUAUAGUCCUUUGUCGAACUAUCCAUACGGUUCAUCUUCAAAAGCCCCCUCUCCUACUGCAAGCUCUGUGAGCAUAGGCCACCCACAACUGUCCGCGCAGGAUCGUAGUGUGCCACCAUCACCUGCAACGAAUACGUUCAUUCCCAAUGAGCACGAGGUUUCCUUGAGUCCAGAGGAGGACACCGAGCCGGCGCCGCAAAAUCCAUUUCUGCAACAGUUAUCAUCGGAAACGGACCCUGAAAAGUUGGAGAAAGGUGUUGAGGAAGCUAUGAACUUACUCGAAAAGCUCCAAGAAUCCCUGGAUGAAGGCCGGACUGCGAGUGACGACGCGGCACAGUGGCUACAACAGAUCGAGGACCUGAAGAAGGAAGUCAUUCGUAGCCGCACGGUCAUAGGUGUUGUUGGAAAUACUGGUGCCGGCAAGAGCAGCGUGAUCAAUGCCCUGCUUGAUGAGGAGCGCCUCCUUCCUACGAACUGCAUGCGUGCUUGCACCGCUGUUGUAACCGAACUGUCGUACAAUGAGAGCGAUGACGCCGAAGACCGCUACCGGGCAGCCGUGGAAUUCAUCAAGCCUGAGGAGUGGUACAAGGAAUUGGAAAUACUCUUUGAAGAUCUCUUGACCAGUGAGGGCAACGUAUCCAAAGAGGCCACCAGCAAUCCCGACAGCGAAGCUGGCGUAGCAUUGGCAAAGAUACACGCUGUCUAUCCGCAUAGGACGAAGGAGUCGCUUGCUGCUGGCGGAAUCGAGGCUUUAAAGCGCGACUCAAGUGUAAACAACAUACUUGGGACGGUAAAACACAUUGCCGACAGUGACAACGAUAAGUUCUACAAGAAACUGCAGACUUAUGUGGACAGUCAAGAGAAGAACACCGGCAAAAAGAAGGACAAGAAGGUCGUCACAAAGCACAUGGAAUACUGGCCGCUUAUCAGGGUUGUCAAGAUCUACACUAAGGCGCCUGCCUUGUCAACUGGUGCUGUCCUCGUUGAUCUUCCUGGUGUUCACGACUCGAAUGCAGCGCGAGCUGCUGUUGCCGAUGGAUAUAUGAAGCAGUGCACGGGUCUUUGGAUCGUGGCCCCAAUCACACGAGCUGUCGAUGACAAGGCGGCCAAGUCACUUCUCGGCGAUUCAUUCAAACGACAGUUGAAACUGGACGGCACUUAUGGGAACGUAUCGUUCAUAUGCUCGAAGACGGACGACAUAUCCAAUCAGGAAGCCGUCCAAAGUCUCGACCUGGACGAGACUGCUGAGAAGGCCUGGAAGGAGGCCGAUGAGAUGAGGAACCAGAUCACCGAGCUCAAGACCCAGUUGGACGAGCAUGCCGACGCCAAGCAGGCUUUCAUUGACGCUAUAGACGAUUGCGACGACAAGCUCGAGGCCUGGGAGAAGCUUAGAGACCGCCUGCAAGAUGGCAAUACGGUCUAUGCGCCGCGUGAGGCCAAGAAGCGAAAAAGAACGUCGGCCAAGUCCGGUCCAAAGAAAAAACGCCGUACGACCGGUUCAGACGACGAUUACGCUGAAGAGGGAUCAGAUUCCCCAGGAGCGUCCUCCUCUGAGGCAGAUUCUGAGGCAGACUCUGAAGAGGAAUCAGAGGACCGACGAGCUCUUACCAGUGAAGAGAUUGAAGCAAAGAUUCAGGAACUUCGAUCCCAGAAAAAGAACGCCAAGGCUCAACGUGAAUCAAUAGACUCGCAGCAGAAGAUAUUGAGGAAAGAGGUCAGGGCCUUCAACGAGAAGAUUGCGGCAAUUGACCACGAAAUCAAUGCGCUGUGCAUCAAGGGGAGGAACGAGUACUCAAGGGGGGCUAUCCAGCAGGAUUUUGCUGCUGGAAUCAAAGAGCUCGACCACGAAACCGCCCUGGAAGAAGACGAAGAAAACUUCGACCCUGAACGAGAGAUUCGUGACUAUGAUGAAGUCGCUCGCUCGCUUCCGGUCUUCUGCAUAAGCGCAAGGGCUUAUCAGAAGCUUAGUGGUCGUCUCAAGAGGGACAAGGAUGUGUCCGGAUUCAGCGACAUUAUUGAGACAGAGAUGCCACAGCUUCAGGCGCACUGCAAGAAGCUCACCGAAACUGGGCGUGCCGCAGCCGGACGGAGAUUUCUCAACCACACUUCACAGCUUCUUAACUCGCUGUUCCUGUGGGCAUCUAGUACGAGGAAUGGCUCUCAACUCUCAACCCUCCAACGACAGAAGGAGGCUCGAUUCCUAGAGUUUAAGCUAGUAGAGUUCCAGAAGGAUCUCAGCAAAGUUGUUGAUGAGACGCUAUCCGAUAUCGCCGAGGCCCUGGCCCAGAACAUUUACGACAAGUAUGAACGCGCCAUUACAAGCGCAUCUGAAGCCAGCCUGCCGACAGCCGAAGGAUGGGGCGCUCAUCGAAGUCAAGGUGGCUUGUACUGGGCAACUUAUCGCGCAACAGUCGUCAGGCACGGUGUAUUCUCAGGGGCCGCUGGCCCUCGUGAUUUCAAUGAAGAGCUAGCCAGACCGAUGAUAAAGCAGAUAGCGACUGGCUGGGAGAGGGCCUUCCAACGUGCCCUUCCUGCGCAACUGGACAAGUUCAAGAAGAAGACACUGGAGGUCUUGACCACGUUCCAUAACACGGUCACGAGACGAGCCAGUGAACUGGGUGUUAACGCGGCCACUGUUGCAGCGCUCAGUCGACAGCUCAACAGCUAUCAGCCAUUCCUCACGGGCCAGAUCGAGGCUAUCAAGAUGAUGAUCACGACAGUCCAGAGAGAGGUGAACAGAGAAUUCACACCAGUCAUUGGUGCUGCGAUGGAGCAUGCGUACAACUCAUGCAUGGCGGAACGCGGGCCUGGACAAUACAUGCGCAUGAAAGGGCACAUGGCCGCACACGUGUCUCAUAACCGUAUGGCCAUGUUCCAGAAUGCAUGUGAUGCUGUCAGAGAUCGGUUGAACGAUUUGACUUCGAACAUCAAGCUGGAGUUGGCAAGACGCGCCGAGGGCGUCCACUUAACCGCUCGAAGGGAUUAUAUUCAGGUUCUUGGCAACCUUGGAACGGUUGCCGCUCCAUCGCAGGCUCAGACUGACCUGAAAAACGACGUUGCGCAUAUUUUGGAGCGCAGUGAGGAUUGCUUCCGCCGUCUCGUUGAGGGUGUGGAUGAAGCUGGUGACGAAACUAGUCAGGACAUGUCUCCGGAUGAGCAACCUCAUGAACUGAGCAGUACGCCACAAGCUGCACAAAAGGAGGAAGAGAUGACAUCCCCCACCCAAGCCUCGGAAAACCAAGAUCGAGUAUACGAGGAUCCGGAGCACGGAAGCCCAAGUCUCGGAUCGGGUACCCCAACGCAGUGCAAGAUGGAAAACACUUUCGGGUCUGAGGAUAAGGAGAACCCCGAAAACCAGUUCAACAAAGCUGGCGCCCAGCAGGAAAGCCCCAACACCGUGACCGCAGAGAGCGCUGUGCUCCAGUCUCUCAGCGACAACGUCUGA